AGGAGAAAAGAGAGAGAGAGAAAGAGAGAGGGAAAGAGGGUGUGUUAGAGCGAGAGAGAGAGAGAGAGACGGGAAAAAGAGAGAGAGGCGGAAUGCAACAGGCUGAGCUCUAUCGUCGUGAGAGGGACUUCUCGCUGACAAACGCAACCACCACACUCCUUCUCAGCUCGCCUCUCCACUGACUUAACCCCCUCACCAACCACCGGCCCGUGUGGUGUCCACAUCCCACGUCUGAGUCUGGACCUGGUCUUGGCCACAUGGUUUCUGGUCUCUCUCAAGGUCUUCCACCCCUGUCAGCAUCCCUCUUACCUCUCUGCGACCCAACAGCAGAGACGCUCGCAGCCGAGAGGGCUGAAUGGCACCAGUCCAUUUCAAACUCAACAUAGGUCCCUGACGAAGAAGCAGAAAGAGGAAAGAGGAACGUAAAAAAGUCAGAAAAGUCACAAAUUGCACUUUUCAUAAUGGCAACCAACAGAGAACACCAAGUGCGGCACAUGACGGGCUUCCCUCGUACUAUGUACCCGUUCACCUUUAACUCCAUGCGGAGCCAUUCCCCCUUCGACCUGCUGGCUAGUAGCCACCUGUUUGGUCGAUUUGGAGCAGAUCUUCCCAAGGAGAUGGCAGCAUUGUCGGUGGAGACUCAGAGCACCAGUUCAGAGGAGAUGGUGCCCAGCUCCCCUUCUCCUCCUCCUCCUCCCCGGGUCUACAAGCCCUGCUUUGUAUGCCAAGACAAGUCAUCUGGUUAUCACUACGGAGUGAGCUCCUGUGAGGGCUGCAAGGGUUUUUUCCGGCGCAGCAUCCAGAAGAACAUGGUGUAUACCUGCCACCGAGACAAGAACUGUCAGAUCAAUAAAGUGACCCGCAACCGCUGCCAGUACUGUCGUCUACAGAAGUGCUUUGAGGUUGGCAUGUCCAAAGAAGCGGUGCGUAAUGACAGGAACAAGAAGAAGAAGGAUGUGAAGGAAGAGGUGGUGCUGCCAGAGAACUACGAGCUCAGUGGAGAACUGGAGGAACUGGUCAACAAAGUCAGCAAAGCACACCAAGAGACCUUCCCAUCUCUGUGCCAACUGGGAAAAUACACCACAAACUCAAGUGCUGACCACAGAGUACAGCUGGACUUGGGCCUGUGGGAUAAGUUCAGUGAGCUCUCCACUAAGUGCAUUAUAAAGAUUGUGGAGUUUGCCAAGCGGCUACCGGGCUUCACUUCGCUCACCAUCGCUGACCAGAUCACCCUCCUCAAAUCUGCAUGUCUGGACAUCCUGAUGCUGAGGAUAUGCACCCGCUACACUCCAGAGCAGGACACAAUGACCUUCUCAGACGGGCUGACUCUCAACAGGACCCAGAUGCACAACGCUGGCUUUGGCCCACUCACAGACCUGGUGUUUGCCUUUGCUGGUCAGCUGCUACCUUUGGAGAUGGACGACACAGAGACGGGGCUCCUUAGUGCCAUCUGUCUCAUCUGUGGAGACCGCAUGGACUUGGAGGAGCCAGAGAAGGUAGACAAGCUGCAGGAGCCGCUGCUGGAGGCUCUGAAGAUCUACACCCGCCGCAGACGUCCCAACAAGCCCCACAUGUUCCCCCGCAUGCUGAUGAAAGUCACAGACCUCAGAGGCAUCAGCACCAAAGGUGCAGAGAGAGCCAUCACACUGAAGACGGAGAUCCCUGGGCCGAUGCCUCCGCUGAUCAGGGAGAUGCUGGAAAACCCGGAGGCCUUUGAGGACAGCAGUGACUCUGGCGACAGUGCUGCGGCCGCUCCCCCGGCUAUCCAAGCCAUCAAACAGGAAGAGAAGCCCACGUACGAGUCCGCCUUUGAGGAAGAAGAGGAGGAGGAAGAGGACGACUACUGGGAUGAGGAGAAAGAGCGAGGGGUGGACAGUGACGGGGAGCCACGCGGGGAGGCGACGGCAGCGGUGACAGCUGCAGCGACUGGAGGCGGGCAACAGAAAGGCAUGACGGGGAAAGCACAGUGAGAGACCAGAUGACACUGCUGCUUCCUACAGAUCAAAGAGUCUCACUGAGCGACGUCCCCUCCCACAAACCUCCAAGAUUCAGGCUCUUAGACUGUGUUUCAAACAGCACAUAGUAUCUACAUGAACUGUACAUACUGACAGAAAGGAACAUGUGUGGAGUUCAGCAUAGGAAGUAAAGAAUUGCAGCAGCAAAAGCACUACAUUUCAGUGGAUCAAUGAGGGCACCAUUAAAAAAAUAAAACAAAGAAAUCAGUGUGCCAGGCGUUCUGUCCACACAAUGAGAGGAACAGGAGAAAAUGUCGUACAGAAGAAAAUGCACUCCUCCGCUUUCUAUCAAGGGCUAUGCUUUGUAUAAAAUUGCUGGUAAAAAAAAAAAUACAUUGCAAAAAGAACUCUAGACGGUGUCCACGCACCACAAUGUCUUUUCAGAAAUGCUUUUAUUACCAUUCAGAGAUAUGCUACUUAUUUUUUCAUUGUAUGUUUUUUCUAUGCAUGUAUACACUUCUGUUCCGUCUCUAUACCUGUUUGUGGGACCUCCCACUCUCAUUUGACCGGAUGUACAGUAUGUGUUGUUUCUUUUUAUAUAUAAGCUUUAAUUGUAUUCGUUUCUGAUUUAGUUUACACAAUGAGGAGCAAUAGCAAAAAGAGAGGGAGUCAUGAGCGGGACUCAAACUCACAGUGUGAUAAGCACAUGGGAACAGACAUGAGAAUCUCUGAUAGGCGUCUUAAUCUGAAAGAGAAGAAGAAGAGGACGAGAACUCUGUGCUUGUUGGCCAAAUAAGACAAAAAUACUAAACACAUGCAGCUAGGUUUCUCAACCUCAAUCACUGAAGUGCUUCUGCAGGGUAGAUUUACAGUCUCAGGUUGAUUCCAUCAGGGUAGCGUCUCACCUACAGUGUUUUCUACCGACACCGAUCUGACAUAACAUUAUGACCACCUUCCUAAUUUUUCUGACUCAUCAGAGAAUGGACGUGGGUCUUCUGAGGAUGUCCUGUUGUGUCUGGUAACAGGAUGUUGUUAGUGGGGGCCUUUGGGUCCUAUGGGUUGAGGGGAGAGGCCUCUGUGGAGCAUCCCACAGAUACGUGAUCAGUUUGGGAUCUAGUGAAUUUUGCCAGGCAUCUGGUCUAGGUGGGUGGUAUAGGUCUAAGUAACACAGACAUGAAUGAAAACCAAGUCCAAAGGAUUCCCUGUAUUGACGACACAAUUUGGUCAAUGUUAUUUACUUCUCCUGUCGGUGGUCCUAAUGUUAUGGCUGAUUGGUGUAACUCCACAGCCAGAAUUUCUUACACCUCUGAGUGGGUUAUGAUGUUAUGAUGCUGCAUAUGACACCAUUACAGCGGCCACAUACAGGUAAGCCAUACAAUUUUUAACAAAAAGAAAAAAAUCAUCCAACACAUCGAAUCAAUAGAAGUAGCUGACUUCACAGAAACCUCAGGUAUAUGUGUGUGGGUGUGGUUGUGCAUAUGCGUGUCCGUGUGUGCGUGUGUGUAUGAAUGCACAAGUGAGAGUAUGAUUAAUCAAGAUGUCUUUUAAUUGGAGACCAUUUUAUCACAAAAGUACCAGUUUGCCUUUGAUUCAAACAGGAAUAAAUACUUCCCUUCACAUCUCUGUCGGCACAGAAUAACGACAAAACAAAAGGCCACCUCCAACAAUGUGUGUUCGUGUGUUGUAUAAUGUAAUGAGUGGGGAAAAAAACAAAACAAAAAAACAAACCAAAUAUGGAUUUUGUAAAAUAACAGUUUUUUUAUUGAGACUUUACAACUCUUUUUAUGGAAGAUGUAUAAAACGAACUGAUCAUGUGUGUAAUGACAGUGUGACUGAUUUCUUAUUGAACUAUACAAUGCUUUCAGAGGAAAUAUCUGGACGCCAGCACAUUGAUCCUUGAUGACAACUUUGCAGAUACGCAGCUGCAACAUAUCAAUUGUGUAUUUUACUGAUAUGAGGGAUAAACUGAGCUUUUUAACAUGAUGUUAAUGUGUAAUAUCUGGAGAGAAAUAAAUAGCGUGGUAAGCAGCAGAUUUGAAGCAGCACCGGUUUUAAGAGCCAUCAAGGACACAAAGUUUGUUUUAAAUCAUCAAAAUUGAUGCCAUAAUUCUGUUUCUUAGAAUGCCAAGUUGUCGUUUUGCUAUUAUGGGAUGGAAACAUGGCAACCACAUGGUAACCGAGGUAAAAGACAAACUUUCAGUACUUUGCACAGCCAUCAGCCAAUUUCUUCAUACAUAACUUUGCUUAGUGUUUAAAGAUGUUUCUGCAUCUCGUAACCAUGAUAUUUAGAAUUCAUAGCUUUUCCGUUUCUUUUAUCUGUAUCUGGAUUUGAGCUGGUGCAAUAAAUAAAUAAGCCAUGGAGGAGGUCACGAGGCCUCGACUCUUUGAUUAAAAAGAAGACCAAAGACUGAUAUGACAUCACGUUUGGAAAAAAACAAUGAAUAAAAAUGAAACAAUAUUAAUUAAUAUACCGUCUAUUAGGGUUCUUUAUUUUGUGAUAUUUCAUGAUCCCAAGCUGGAUUCAUUUUAUCUCAUUUAGCUGUUGUUUUAAUGUAUUUCUUACUUUUUUAUAAAUACAGCAAAUACCUUCAUGUUCAGGGAUACAACUCAUCUUGAGUUUUUAUUUCUAUCUGACCUGUACCAAAAAUAGCUCUGAUACACACUCACAGAAGGACAAAACCCUGGGAUGAUGUGUUCUUGUUUUUCCACUUAAAUGAAAUGUUCAUACCAUUUUGCUUCUUCUUUUUUGUGGUUGUCUUACUAUUUGCUCAUUUGUUGUUUCUUGUAUUUUGAUAAAGGCGCUUUUUGUUCUUAGA